AUUUUUUUCUUAAAUUUAACUAAUAUUUACAAGCAAAUAUACACACACACACCAAUUUCUAUAAAGCUUAUUUAUUGCUUUUAAAAACAAAUAAAGAAAAUAAUUUUUUCUUAAGUUUCUAAACUAAAAAUAUAAAACAAGGCGAUACUUUUAAUGAGCAAAAUGUCAUUUUCAAACAGAUUUAAUUCAAAUUAAGAAGGAGAGGAGGAGGACAUAGAAUAUAAUUAAAUGGAAACUAAUAAUUAUUAUGAUAAUUAAUAUGAGUAGCAAAAUAGCAAUUAAUUCAACUAAGUAGGGUCUUUCAAAUAGACCUAUGCUUUAGAUAACUAUAAUAAUGAAGAAUCAGAUCAUGGAUUUGAGUCAACUGAUUAAUUUAGACAUAAUAACUUUGAUUUAUUUGUUGUAAAAAAGAAUGAAAAUAUAAAAAAAUCACCUCUCCAGCCAUAUUAAAAUCAAGAAAACUACAAUUACAAUAAACAAACUAGAAGCAAAAGUCCUUCUAUAUCACAAUUACCUGAUUUUCUAAAAAAUCAAGCAGAGAGAAGCAGUUCAUAUAUAAAAUUAGGUAGCAGUCAACAAUAAUCUAAGCAAUAAAUAUAAAAUGAAAGGUGUUAAAAGUUAUAUGAAUUGGGUGAGAAAAAAAGAUAAGAGCUAAUGUAAAAAAAGAGAGACAGCGACAUCCUUAAAGAAAAUUAAUCUCAAUGCACUUUUAGACCUUAAUCUUUCACUAAAAAAUCUAUCUACAGUGCAUAAACAUAAUCUUCAUUGAAUAUAUUUGAAAGGACUAAUCUGUGGAAUGAAUAAAAGAAGUUAAAAAUAGACUCCAUAAAAGAAGCUGAUAAGGAUAAAGAUUUGGAAGAGUGCACUUUCUAGCCCUAAAUUAAAAAUAGCAAGCAAUCACAUUUAGUAAAUAUGUCUAUAUACCCAAAUCAGAAUGGUAUAGGAUUAAAGGGAGUAGAUAAAUUUUUAAAAAGGUAAAUAUUAGCUCGUCGUGCAAAGGAAGAGCUUGAAGCUUAAAAGGAAAACCCUUUUUGCCAUGUAGAAAAUAAAAAUGUAAACAAGAAUAUAGACCAAAUUCCAAUACAAACAUUAACUAAAAGAGCAAAAAUAUAAGAACAAGUAUGUCAAUCUCAAGAUUAUCAAAAUUUUAAUUAAGCUAUAAAGAAUUUAAGAUAUCAAUUACAUAAUAUAGAAAUUUGAUGAAGGCAUUGAAUUAGUAAGUUUAUGAAAUAAGAUAAUAAAAUUAAUUUUAUUAAUAUCAUUAAUUAAUUAAAAGAUUUAAAAUAUAUAUUAUAUCAUUGUUAUUCCAAUUAAAAUAAUAAUAAAAACAUAAAUAAAUAGCUCUUAACUAUCGUUUCUUAUUUAAAACUUUCUGAUUUUAGAAUUCUCAAUUCUACAAAACUCAAUUAAUUUUUUAAGGGAUAAUAAAAAUAAAACUUUAAUGUGCUUGCUUUUAUAUAUAACUUUCAAUAUUAAGUAAAUAUUUAUGAGCAGAAUAUUGAGAUAGAUACAUAAAUGAUAUUAUUAAAUGUUAAAAGUAAGUUUCAUAUUUUCUUUAGAUAAUUGUAAAAAAAAAU